AUGGCCGAAACUGUAGUGUCAGCUACCCAGUUGGUGGCAUCCGACGUGAAUGAGGAAAAGCAGGAGCAGGCUUCUGUAUCAGACAAUAAUUCCGACAUCGGCGACGAAGAAAAGCCCGAGCCAGAGGCGCGCGUAACACAUAUAGGGGUGCGAUACUUCAGUUAUCGUGGCUUUACAAACAGGAUCCGAAACGAUGAAUGGGACCACAUAUUCGAGUGUCUCAUGAUAGGCGCCAAUCCACGAGAAGAGAUGCUCGAAGAGAUCAAGCGAAGCGAAAAGAUCGAUGACCCCGACCGAACAAAACCUACAGAGCAAACAAGUUCGCCUGCAUUGAUGUCCGAUCGCCCCGACGGGAUCGGGGAGAAUAGGCACCUUUUCAAAGUCAGAAUUCGUUCAGUCGAAGUUCUUCGCCAUCUCGCAGAGCUCUCCGACUGGAGCGCGGAUCUUGGAUCGGCAUCGAAAGAAGAGCUCGUGUUUUGCCGCCCAUCCCAUGCGUUUUACUUCUAUCAUAGUGCCAUGAAGGAGCGCCUUGCAUCCAUGGAGCCGCGACUGGAUAGCGAUAACGAGAAUGAAACCGAGCAAAACAACUCCGAAGAAGUGUCCUACGAAGAGAUCUCGUUCCUGUUUCGCCCCGGGGAGCUUAUUUUUGUCCCUCCUUCUCGGAAGACAGUCAGGGCGCAGAAACAAUCUGCCAUUCAAUCUCUGUUCCGUGGUUAUUUCUGCGUCCCGCUGGAUGUGUGGUAUCAGCCCUCGGACGAAGGGUGGAAAGACCCGUCCAACGGUCGGAGCAGAUGGAAAAUGUACUGCUAUGACUACGACGGGGAGGUUUUUCGAACGGCAUGGCAUACUUUGUCAUUUGACUACUUCCAGGGGGAGCGGGAGAUUACUUCGUUGACCUGCUAUCCACUCAAAUUUCAUCCACAGCGAGAUCGUAUUCUGCAGGAACACGUUGAGAGAGGAAGGCAGUUCAAGGAUAUCUCCCAAGAAGGUGUCCGGCACCUUUACUACUCUGGGUUGAAUCUAGUGACUGGGAUUUUUGAGGGGGAAGAUAUGAAAGUUGGCGAGCCGGAGUAUGUGGAAAGCGAGGUGAUCAUCGACAUCAAGGAAGCAGAACGUCAUGUUCCGGAAUUGUGGUACACCCAAGAGGGAGAGCAGCAGGACAAUGGCGUGCAUGCUACAUGGUUGAGCCGUCUUAUCAUGCGAGCAGAUGGGAGUCACUAUCAAGAGGCAUCUCAGUUCCACGAGAAGAACUCCUUCUUCCGAAAAGACGGUACCCUUUGCUUUAAAGAUUGGGGAGACGCGGACUUGGCCAUCUUACCGAGAAGGUUCUUUGGCUAUGUGCUGCGAGAGAGGAGAUUCAUGCGCCUCAAUGUGCAGAACCUUCAGUCCAAAGCAGAAAACGACAGGGUCACAUUAGACGAUAUCCAGAUCAAGGACACCCACAGGAAGAUUGUUCGGUCUAGUGUGUCUUCGCACUUUUUACGGAACGCCCGGAACCGAUCUGAUUCAACUCGACGGGUAUACGACCCAGACAUCAUUAGAGGAAAGGGAAGAGGGUUGGUCAUGCUCCUACAUGGCGCCCCAGGUGUGGGCAAGACUGCGACAGCCGAAGCCGUGGCCCUUGAAUUCAACAAGCCACUAUUUCCUAUAACCUGUGGUGAUUUAGGGAUUACUCCAGAUGCAUUUGAGGAGACCCUCAAACGCAUCUUUCGGUAUGCUCACCUAUGGGAUUGUAUUCUGCUUCUGGACGAAGCCGAUGUCUUUCUGACCCAACGAGAUCGAUUCAAUAUUGAGAGGAAUGCUCUUGUUUCAGUAUUUCUACGAGUUCUAGAGUACUACAGUGGAAUUCUUUUCCUGACCACUAACCGGGUCGGUGCACUGGAUGAAGCGUUCAGAUCUAGGGUGCAUGUCAGUCUCUAUUAUCCUCACCUCAGCUUCACGGAUACCGAAGCCAUACUCUGCAACAACUUGAAACGACUUCCGAGAGCCGACGCAUUGCCGGAAGACGAAACCCCCGGCAGCGAUUACAUCCAGGUCAUGGAUAGAGAAAUCAUCGAUUUCAUCAAAGAUGAGUAUCAAAAGCACUACCAAACCCACCGAGGACCCUGGAACGGCCGUCAGAUCCGGAACGCUGUACAAAUCGCCUCAUGCAUAGCUUUCCACGACCAAAAAGGUGGUCGUAAAAACCUCCCGGCUGUUCUCACCCGCGAACAUUUCAAGACAGUGCAUGAGACCAUGACUGAGUUUGACGGGUAUAUGGCGAAGGCUCAGCGUGUUGAUCAGGCAAAAAUGGCCCAUAUUAAAGGUGUUAGAUAUGAUCGUUAUGGAGAGGAUGAUGUGGAUCAGGAGCCAGUGGAAUACGAAGGUUACGGUGGUCAAGCACCCGAUCCUCGAUAUGGAAACAAAUAUUCAGCUGGACGCGGAGGAAUGAACGCCAGCUCGAGGGGUCGGACAGUACCACGCCCAGGUGCACGACAACAGCCUAGCAGAGGAUAUGCGACUCCUCCACCACCGGAAACAUACCGCUCAAGAGGGGGCCAAGCUCCGUAUCAUGCUACGUCGCAAUCAUACGGCGAGCUUCAUUACGAAGAAGAACAUGUAACGUUCCAGGGAGAACCCCAGGCUGGACGACUCCGACCGAGUGACUCUUAUGCAGGGGGUCAGCUCCGCGUGCCACAGCGAAGAAGGCAAAUUGACCCGCAGGAGGAAGCGUAUCUUGAUCAUUCCGAUCGUUUAUCAGAAUGGGCAGAUGAGAACGAACAGUUCUCUGGUCUUGAGGAUGAUCAACAAAAUACGGGGGUUCCUAUCAGCGAAUGGCCAACUCAGCCGCUCCGCGAUCAGCCUCUAGAUCAACACAAUAUGCCUCCAAGAUCUAUUUCAAGUGCACGCGCUCAUCAAGCCCAUGAAAAGCAAGUCAGAUACCGACAAAUGGGCGCCCUAGUUCCUUCAGGUUAA